UGGGGCAGUUGUCGCGCUGGACUCGCAGCGAGUUGUACACUCAGAUUUCGAUUUCAAGCGCGUGGAUUGUGUGAGCGGCUCAAGCUCUUGUUUUUAAAAAACUGUCACGUUUGGAUAACAAUUUUGUGCUACUUUAUUGCUGUUGCUGUUUUAUUAUUGUCACGUUCAGUCGAUGCCGAAGCACAACUCGAGGAUGUUGGUCGCGUUCUUGUUGCUGAACCUUUUCGUGUCCAGCAUGCAGGACAAUGCAACUGUCUCUGAGGAAGCACCUGCAAUAUAUACCACCAAAGAGGGCUGUGAGUCAUUAUUGAAGAGUAACAAUGAGUGCGAGUGCCAGGAUAAGCGCAUCAAGUGCGGUAUGGUAACUCUUAGCAGCUCAUCCCAGCUCUACAGUAUCAGUUGCAGCAUUUUUGAUGUACGCGGCUUUGGUUACUUGCCACCUCUCAAGGCCGGUAGCAUUGGUCGGCUAAGCAUCGACAACUGCGCAAUACCCAACCCGCAAACUAUACGCAGCCUGCUUUUGAAGCUGGGUGUUAGUAACUACACCGAACUGGAGGUCUCCAACUACUUUGAGACGCGCGACGAGCGAGAUGAGCUGCUGGAACAACAUUUUACAAAUUACCCCGGGCUCAAAAAAAUCUCUUUAAUUGGGUUUAAGGCGAUGCUACCCGCAAAUUUUUUCGAGAAUGUUACCGAGAUCACCGAACUCACGCUAAAGGGCAGAAGUGAUUUGCCAGGCACAUUGCUGCAUCCUCUCAAACAUUUGACGAGGCUAUCAAUUGUUGUCAGGAAUAUGGCUAGCGUGGCCAGCGAGAUUUUUGCCAAGCAGACGGAGUUGCUCCAACUGUCGCUUGACUGCUCGCUAAAGAACAGCAGUGUGGAUAUGUCCUUGCUUAGCUCAAAAGAGUUGUGGCACAUGACCAAGCUCCGCGGCUUCGAGUUGCACAACUGCGGCGACAAUGUGCCCGCCGAGCUAUUUUGGAAAUCCGAGAAUCUAUCCUACAUUGGCAUUCGUAGCAACAUUAGUUAUCUGGGCAGGGAUUUCCUCAAAUCGCAAAAGCAACUGCUGAUGCUACACUUAGAGCGCAACAACAUUGCCAGGCUACCGGACGAACUUUUCCACCACUCACCAAUGCUGCUUGAAAUUCACCUGGCCCACAACAAUUUGGAUCGCAUACAAGGCGGCCUUUUCAAUAAGCUAAAGAAUCUCUUGGUCUUAAACCUGGAGCACAAUCCAAUUACAACUGUUGCGUCCAAUGCAUUUUCCGCUGUGGCCUCGGCUCGCAUUUAUAUUGGAGAUCUGUUUAAGCAACUAAAUAACGCAGAUUGGGCGCGAUCCACGAACGCUACGCUAUGCGAGGAGGAGUAUAUCAAUGGUGUUUGCCUCUACUGCAAACGUGACGAGUACCUGGAUCACUUUUCAGCGAAGGAAAUAUGCAACAAGCCUAACGAUCCUGGAAAACUGAUUGAGGUCCUCAAUCGUAAGGUUUUCGAACAUCGCCUUCAUCGCCUCCACAUGUCCUAAUCGACUCCAAAGCAAGAGAUUUUCCAUGAGUGACAAAUGCAAAAAAAAGGGACACCAAUUAUAUUAUAAUUAAAUAUUAUCUUAAGUCUACUUCUAAUUGGAACGCAUAACUAGGUUUACAUCGUCAAAAUGUUUAUGAUUAUCAAACUGUUCUAUAAAUAAAGAU